GCGAGGUAUAUAAGGGCAGAGCUGAAACGUAAGGACAGGGGAGAAAACUCCGCAGAGAAGACGCGAGACAAGCGACGCAGCCGUGACUGUAGAUCUAUUGACAUUAAAAGAAUUGUGUAACUGCUGACAGGCUCCAGCCUUCUGGUUUGAGUGCUGGACUGUUGUGGUGACUGUUAGACUCCCCUCAAUCACAACACCACUCGGUUACAUCUUUUGGCGCUGCGAGCAGGAUCCGUGUCAGCAGAGAAGUGCACACAAUGGCUGCAGAUGGCGAUCUUACAGCAGAGGCUGUACGAACAGGUCAUUUAUUCCGUCUUCAGAAGUUUGCCGGAGGGCCAAGUGACGAGUUUGAAAGAGAGGUGGAGAUAGGUCUUGCCCUAAGCCCGAUGCCUGAGAAUGCGGCGUGUGUCUAUGUUCUCAACGCGCUGGAGGGACCUGCUAGACGGCGAGUUCUGAUGUUCCCUCAUGACAUGAUAGACACGCCGGAAAAGAUUCUGGAUAUUUUGAGAGAGGCAUACGGCGAGCGGAGAGAUGCUAUAGACAUUGUUGCCAGUUUUUAUAACCGCCGACAGCAGAGUAAGGAGGCGGUCAUUGAAUAUGCUGCGACCCUGCGAAAUUUACAGGCGAAAGCAAAUCGCCUGCUGAGCGACGCCAUAUCCAGUACACACCUGGCGACACGCUUUGUAAAAGGACUGAGAAACAGCCAGGUCCGACGUGAAACAUCCAGACAGCUGGCCGACCAUGGGUCUUCUUUUGCUGAUCUCCUCAAGACGGCCCGACGUGUAGAGAGAGAGGAGAUGUGUAAUGACAGGGAGGAUGAGAUAGAUCGUCUGACUGCACGAGUCAGACAGCUGGAGAUGGAGGCGGCCUCCCGGCUUCAUACGACACAGCAACGUGAUUUCCCCUUCGAGGCUGAUCGUCAGCACAAACAGAAAUGUAUGCGACGACAGCAGACAAGACAGCGGAGCGGCCAGCGACCAGCAACUCCCCAUGACAGCGAUGGUGGAGGGGGCAGAAGGCGAGGUUUCUGCAGGUGGUUCAACGUGGCAAAGGGAUGGGGAUUCAUCACACCUGAUAAUGGCGAUCAAGACGUCUUUGUCCACCAUUCAGUUAUUCACAAGGCAGGCUUUCGCAGCCUCGGCAAAGGUGAAGUGGUGGAAUUUGAACCCAGACUGUCAUACAAGGGUGUUGAAGCAACGUUCGUCUGUGGUAUCGGAGGAGUGAAAUGCCGGGGCAGUGAUCGCCGGCCGAUUUCAAAGAAAAAGUUUCAAAACAAGCCAGUGGUGCAACUACAACAGCGACAACCACAGCGACGGCAAAGCCAAGCAGAACUGCAACGGGACAGAUUCCAUGGGCGGAGCGGCCGGAGUACCUGUAAUAUCUCCAGCCGGCCAGUUGAUGACAGUGCUGUGUAUACAGUCAGGCCCCUUGUUGACGGCCCUGCACUGACCCUCAAUAGCGACAACAGAGCAGCGAAGUCGUCUCUGCAGUUAGAAGACAUUCAACUGCCGGAGACACAGAAUUGUCAGGACUACGACAGUGACGAAGAAACUCCGUUCUGGUAUGGUACUCUUCCACCCCAUCAAGCCAGAACAAGAUUAAUACCAAAAGUGACAGUGCCUGUGGUGCCAGAAGUGACAGUGUGUGCGGUGCCAGAUAUGACAGUACCAAAACUGACAGUGCCUGUGGUUUCAGAAAUGACAGUAUCUGUGGUGCCUGAUAUGACAGUAAGUGUGAUUCCAGAAGGGACAGUGCCUGCAGUAUUCCAGCCGCGGUUUGCUGUUAGACAGGCCUAAAACUCACAUGGGGAGAAAACGGUUGUAUGACACUAUUCAUUGAGACUGUAGAUAACAUAGAUGUGGUGUAAGCAUUGAUUAGUUUGUCUUGAUAUUUUGUUUAUUUUUCUUCUUGUUUUGCCACGGCUGCGCCUACCAAAUGUCAUUGACAGGGAUGACACACGAGACAUUGACGGAAUGCCUGCCCUUAUAGACACAUUGUGCCUCAGCAGCAACAGAUGUUUCUUGAUUUAAAAUAUUUAAGAUACCUGCCCCACCGUCGUAAGCAUAUUAGGCGAGCUUGUAUACCAGCCCUAGUAUUGCUAGCAAAAGCUCAUCAGCGAGGGCGCUGUUAGAGAAAGAGUCGGCGGGGAUGUAGAGGGCCGGUAGUCCAGCGCUUGUUAGAUAGAUCUGCUGAUGCAUGCCAGUAAGUAAAGGUACGAUUGUGAAAGACCGCGAAAAUAACGCUGAUGCAAAAGAGCGCGAAAAGUACGCUGAUGCAAAAGAGCGCGAAAAGUACGCUGAUGCAAAAGAGCGCGAAAAGUAACCCACCCGCGAGGUAUAUAAGGGUGUAGCAAGAUAGGACCUCUCCUCAAGAUUCGAACUCCCCUCAAGGUGUUGUAAGGACAGAACCGAGCUCUCAGCGAGAACCAAUGGUCUGUGCAUACUACAAAGUUAAAGUUAACAGUAGAGA